UCCAACCCGGAACUAGCCUCUGCUCUGGCUCCCUUGGGAAGGCCGCGGCGCCUUUUCGGGAGUGGGAGCCUGGGCUGUGAGUGCGGGCCACGGGAACCAAGUCUCGGGCAGAGGAACACCUUCGUCCUCAGGGGCCUCAGACCAGGUGUGCCCUCGGCGGGAAGUUGCACAUCUGGAAAGUACAGAGGCCCCCACCUCGGGUAGACUAUGGUGCCCCCGCGGAAUGUAGUGAAGAUCGCCGUCCAGAUGCGUGACGCCAUCCCGCAGCUCAUCCAGCUGGACCAGGCAAAACCCCUGGCCGCUGUGCUGAAGGAGGUGUGCGACGCGUGGAGCUUGCCUCACUCUGAGCGCUAUGCCCUACAGUUUGCCGAUGGGCACAGGAGAUACAUCACUGAGAACAACCGCACGGAGAUAAAGAAUGGCAGCAUCCUGUGUCUCAGUACUGCCCCAGACCUUGAGGCUGAGCGGUUGUUGCGUGGGCUGCAGAGCGAGAGUUGUGAAGGGCGCCGGGAAGCCCUUCAGCACCUCGUUCUGCUGGCCCCAGACAUGACCUUCACCCGGGAAGUCAUCAGCCGUGAUGGGCUUCAGAGACUAGGCUCCAUCAUUGAGGAUGGGGACGACCUAGGAGAGGUGCUGGCCCUCGCACUGAGGGCCUUCUUGGAGCUCAUGGAGCAUGGCGUGGUGUCCUGGGAGACGCUCAGCAUCCCCUUUGUUAGGAAGGUGGUGUGCUAUGUGAACAUGAACCUCAUGGAUGCAUCUGUGCAGCCCCUGGCCCUGGGGUUGCUGGAGAGUGUGACCUUGAGCAGCCCUGCCCUGGGCCAGCUGGUCAAGAGUGAGGUGCCACUGGAUAGGCUGCUGGUGCACCUACAGGUGAUGAACCAGCAGCUGCAAACCAAGGCCAUGGCACUGCUGACAGCUUUGCUGCAGGGGGCCAGCGCUGCUGAACGUAAGCACAUGCUUGACUACCUGUGGCAGAGAAACCUUCGCCAGUUCAUCUACAAGGUAGGAAGGACCAGGCCAGGCAGACCCUUCCCCGCUCCUCUCCUCGUGGCCCACACUCACACCCGUGAACUGGCUGUUCUCCAGAACAUCAUCCAUAGUGCAGUGCCACUGGGCGACGAGAUGGCUCACCACUUGUACGUACUGCAGGCCCUGACGCUGGGGCUGCUGGAGCCACGCAUGCGGACGCCACUGGACCCCUACAGCCAGGAGCAGCGGGAGCAGCUGCAGGCCCUGCGUCAGGCUGCCUUUGAACCGGAGGGGGAGUCCCUGGGCACUGGGCUGAGUGCUGACCGUCGCCGUUCCCUCUGUGCCCGCGAGUUCCGCAAACUGGGCUUCUCUGUGAGUGACCCCUAUCCAGCUCCCUGCCCUUGCCUCAAGCCAGGGCUGCUGUUGUUCCAGAGGGCUGGGCCCUUCCUCAGCUGCCUUUCCCCCUUCCCCCAGAACAGCAACCCUGCGCAGGACCUGGAGCGUGUGCCCCCUGGCCUGCUGGCCCUGGACAACAUGCUCUACUUCUCCAGACACGCGCCCAGCGCCUACAGCCGGUUUGUGUUGGAGAACAGCAGCCGUGAGGACAAGCACGAGUGUCCCUUUGCCCGGAGCAGCAUCCAGCUGACUGUGCUGCUGUGUGAACUGCUCCAUGUCGGGGAGCCCUGCUCCGAAACUGCCCAGGACUUUUCGCCCAUGUUCUUUGGCCAAGACCAGAGCUUCCAUGAGCUCUUCUGUGUGAGCAUCCAGCUGCUGAAUAAGACCUGGAAGGAGAUGCGGGCCACUCAGGAAGACUUUGACAAGGUCACGCAAGUGGUGCGGGAGCAGCUGGCCCGCACGCUGGCCCUGAAGCCCAGCUCCCUGGAGCUCUUCCGAACCAAGGUGAACGCGCUCACCUACGGGGAGGUCCUGCGCCUGCGGCAGACAGAGCGGCUGCAUCAGGAAGGCACACUGGCUCCUCCCAUUCUGGAGCUGCGGGAGAAGCUGAAGCCAGAGCUCAUGGGCCUGAUCCGACAGCAGCGUUUGCUCCGCCUCUGCGAGGGGACACUCUUCCGCAAGAUCAGCAGCCGACGGCGCCAGGACAAGCUGUGGUUCUGCUGCCUGUCCCCCAACCACAAGGUGCUGCAGUAUGGGGAUGUGGAGGAGGGCGUCGGCCCGCCCGCCCCCGAGAGCCUGCCUGAGCAGCUCCCUGUGGCCGACAUCAGGGCACUGCUGACAGGCAAGGACUGCCCCCACGUCCGGGAGAAGGGCUCGGGAAAGCAGAACAAGGACGUCUGUGAGUUAGCUUUCUCAGUCAGCUAUGACCACGGGGAGGAGGAGGCAUACCUCAACUUCGUUGCCCCAUCCAAACGGGAGUUCCACCUGUGGACAGAUGGGCUGAGCGCCCUGCUGGGCAGUCCCAUGGGCAGUGAGCAGACACGGCUGGACCUGGAGCAGCUGCUGACCAUGGAAACCAAGCUGCGGUUGCUGGAGCUGGAAAAUGUGCCCAUCCCUGAGCAGCCACCCCCCGUUCCCCCGCCCCCCACCAACUUCAACUUCUGCUACGACUGCAGCAUCACUGAACCUUGACAGUGAGGUUGGCCAAGGGCCACAGCUGCUGCCACUGUGGUGGCCACAAAGGGUGGAGGGGGGGAGAAGCACAGGCACCCUGACCAGCAGAGGCUGCAGCAGAAAUAAAGUCUGCUUGGCUCUUA